AUGGUAUCCCCCUCCAGCGUAACGCCCUCGAGGAGGGUGACUCGUAGUCAAUGCGCCAGUGAUAGAGAAGCAAAUCCCAAGAAAAUUCCCCGACUAGGCAAAACUGCGUCUCGUUAUGCAGUAUCUAGCACGGAGUCCGAACUAGAGGAACCUGCAUCCACCGACCAAGAAGAAGCUGCAUCCACUGAACAAGACGAAGCUGCAUCCACCGAGCCGGAAUUUAUUGUCACCACGCCGACUUUCCCGGAAAGACUGUUCGCACGUAAUUGCUAUCCUGGCAAACCUCGACUGAACAUCUAUUCAAAGGCGAGUAUCAUUGGAUCGUUAGUGAAGUUGCUAAGAGGCUCCCCUGAAAUGAAUUGUCUGCUAGGAAGUCAGUUUGGAGCUCUGUUCCACUUACCUGUAUCGCGCUGCUCAAACUCUGCGAAACUUGUACAUUCUCUCCUCAGCCGUCAGCUGGUUACGAUGCGCCUAUAUGAGCUCUGGUUCUUGUUUGCAGACAAGCCACUACGCUUUUCUCUGCGUGAGUUCGGAGACAUCACGGGGCUGAAAUGCGAGCCUGAAAGGGAAAAAGUUGGAAACGGGUCAGAAUCUAUCGAUGCCACACCUGGACGUAUGUGGAAAGAGUUGUUUGAAACUGAAGAUGAAGACGUGACUGUACCAGAUGUUCUUCGUAUGCUUGAACAGCCUAGUCUUCCUGAGUGGAAGCGGUUGCCACUAGCUCUCAUUGCGCUUGUAGAUGGGCUCCUGGUUUGUGGUCACAAACUUCUUCGUGUGACGCCUGCUUACGUCGAGAUGCUGGAAGACACCAGAUCAUUUCUUCAAUAUCCAUGGGGGAGAGAGGCAUUCGUCAGCACUCUGUCUAGAUUGAGACCACCUCAACCUUCUGAUCCUUCUAAAAUGGAUAAAUCCCUUUCGGUCAUGCGCCUUCGUUUGAAACAGCAGUCAACAGCGUGUUAUGGGUUCCCUCUGGCGCUGCAACUUUUUGCUUUUAAAGCUAUCCCCUCAUUGCUUGAGAAAAUUCCCGAACCUAAUAAAACCACUUCUUUCUUGCAAGAACCAGAAGGAUGCGACUCAACAAAUGCACUUCUGAAUUUUGAAGACAUACUUCUGGUGGAAACCCAAACUGAGGUUAUUGUUACGUAUUCAAUCCCAGAUGAAGGUGGGGAUCCAAAGUGGAAGAAAGAAGUAAUCGAUCCCCAAAUAGAUAACUUAGUUCGUCGAAUGCGGGAAGGGCACGAGUUCAAAGCAACAGACUUUAGAGGAGGUGAUUCAUCCCUUCCACCUCUGAAGCCAGCCGAAAAGGCUGAAGGUGUUGGUGUCAAAAAGAAGUGUCAAAAGCCGUCUAGGCGGUUUGGGAAAGCAUGUGAUGAACCUGGAAGUUCGACUCAGGCGCCUCAGCGUCCUAUUCGACCUCGUCGUGGGAUAUGUAAACAGGCUGAACCAGGAAACUUAUCAGAUAAGGAGCAAGAGCUGAAAGAGUGGAUACGAGUUGAACUGAAAACAGUUGGGUAA